AUGACUAAACGACCAUCCCCCAUGGCCUCCCCGUCCACUACACGACGGGUCAAACCCACUCUCACCCAGAAGAGGCCAUUCAGGAGCACGAACCUCGAUGAUGGAGAGACUAUCCAUCAAGGCUGUGUACUUGUUCAUGGCGAAUGCCAGGAAUUCGAUGGUGCCGGCGAAACCAAUUUCGUGUCUGUGUCGACUGCCGGUAUGCUUCAACAGGCGCAAACUGUCCACAAUUGGCCGCUGAACAACGGCGAGUGGAAAGCACUUGUCAUGCUCACCCCUGGGCCUAACACGCUCCUCUUUAAGCUGCAUCAUGCUGGAGGCAUUUCAGAAGCUCUGGAAAUGAAAAUAAACUACGUCCCCCUCUUGCAGCUACCGCCCCUCCAUCUUGCGAUCCUCGUCGCGAAAGACUCACCUCUGCUGAUUGAUUGCCCACCUGCCAAAUACGGGGCCAUCUCGACUGCACACAACAGCAUCGAUGCAGCUAUUUCCAAGCUCCGAAUGUCGGCUUAUAUGUGGCAGGCUCUCACGGCAGAGGACUUCCGCAAAAAGGGCCUGGGAAGACGCUCGUUUCGUCUAGAAGAGGAAUGGUCCCCCAACACAACCAUGCAGGCAACUUAUCAAGCGACCCCGGCUGACCACAGUCACAUGGGUAGCAUGGCAAAGGUCCAUAUUAUCCGAUCGGACAAAACCGUCGAAGAGAUCAGAGAUGCGCAAUGUGCCCAGCAAAACCCUCGUGGGCGGAAUCGGGAUGCCCUGCACCAGUACUUUGAGACAGCUCUGAUCAAUUCGGGGGCUCCCUUCGAGCCAAGGUAUCGCCCAGUUGUGGCUGGUCUGAUUCUCGAUUCGCAUUACUCCAUCCAGGAGUCUAUGAUCCUAGGACAUGCAGCAUUGGGUUGCCACAAGCCGAACGGCCUCUCCCUGGGGGUUUUCGGCAGCCACCUCACUUACUCCUGGCCGCGAUUCAUGGAAGAGGUUCCUGCAUGUCUUACAGACAUGACGCCAACGGGAGAUACCGUUGGCAACGAUAAUGGAGAGUGCGAUACCAUGCGUGGCGCAUGUUUUGUCGGCCAAGGCGCGUUCCUGCACGAAGUCGGCCAUGCGUUCGGUGCAGAUCAUACCACUGGAAUCAUGGCAAGAGGAUAUAGCAAAGCCUGGGGGCUGAAUUUUGUCGCACAUGAGACCAAUGCCAUGGUGGGAAACGAGGCACGAUGGGAUUUGCAAGAUGUGUUAAGAUUCAAACUGCUGCCUCAUUUUGCGCUUCCUACUGAUCAGCCUCGCCCACAUGCCUUCCGAAACGCCGGCGUUAAGAUUGGUAUUUAUAUUGACCAGGAAGAAGAGAUGCACGAUGCGGAGGAAGAGGACAUUUUUGAAGAUCUCUUGGUAAAAGUCUCUUGUCCAGCAGGGCUGGCAGAAGUGAAAGCUCAGAGUGGCGACGACCAACCUAAGGUUUAUAAUUUCAUGAACGAUGUCCUGAAUCCUUGCACAACGCUUUCUAUGAACGUCGCCGAGGAAGGAUUUGACCGAAACCAACCCCUGAAGGUCACUGCGCUCAGCAUGAAUGGCAAACAGCGCGUUGUCAAGAAUCUAUGGACCAGGCUAAAGGAACGCUCCUAUAUGCCCAUCCCCGGUAGCAAUGUGGUCCUUCGCAAACAAUCGGGUAAAUGCAACGACAAUGAAGACAGUGAUUGUACACAGUGGGCCAUGCUUCUCCGCCACCGUGGCGAAGAUGGCCAACUGUAUCGCGCGACAUCGAUUGAUCUCCGAGUCGGUGCUAUAAUGGACGGAGCGCGGGUUUACUAUGCCGACGGACGCAAGGAACAUUGUGGGCCAGCGCGGGAUAGCGACACUGGCGCGGAGCAUCAUUUCGGUGGGCAUCAGUCAGAGGAUCAUGAACUUCCUGCUAAUGAGACCAUCACCAAAGUUCAGCUUUCUAGGCAAUCCUAUGGAUGGGGAGCCUUGUCUGGUAUUCGCAUGACCCUGAGCAAUGGCGAUGAGUGGGGUGCACUCAACAAUCGUGAUCACGAUAACGAUGGCAGUGAUGAAGAAGAAGAAGAUAAUGAUUCGAUUGUCACCCUUGAGCCGAAUGAGGAUGAGGUUAUUGUCGGAUUUUACGGGACAAGUAGUGCAGGGUCAGGGUAUACACGUGAGUUUGGGAUUUUGACGGCUCCUCAGGGUGUAGAACUACCAGAUACUGUCUAUGACUUGCCAGCGUUGAGAAAUAUUGCGUGA